AGAGUUAAUAAAUACUGUUGAGACAAUCAUAAUGAGGACACGGCGAAUUGCGCUCUUUAGUGGCAAAGAAUAGAGAGAACUUUCGUUUACAGUAAGACGUCUUACGGGAGGCCUGAACACAAAACGAUGUUUAGACUAGCCGGAUAAAAAAAACCGAUGCCGACCGAUUCAGCCAGCAAACAUAGUGCUGUCUGGAGUGUUUGGGUGACUGCAUCUUCGUAAACUGUAAACAAACCAGUCAGUGUUUUGUAUCCAGGCUCCGCUGCCAGGGGUAACAAGUUUACUUAUUUGAAGAUACAUUCUUUUUUUUUUUACAUUAUUGAUCUUAAUUGCCUAAGGUCUAAGAUGCUCCUUGAAGGAUCCGGCCCCGACAUGAUGGCUGCCCAGUCGAAACUGCUCUUUCAGCUGAACAAGUAUUACAACGAGAGGGUGUCCACCCGAAAAGGAAGCGUCAACAAGACUAUCCGAGAGGUGUGUAAAGUUGUCCAGGACGUUUUGAAGGAGGUGGAGGUGCAGGAGCCCAGGUUCAUCUCCUCCUUGACAGAGGUGAACUCUAGAUAUGAGGGACUCGAGGUCGUGUCUCCCUCGGAGUUUGAAGUCGUCCUUUACCUCAACCAGAUGGGUGUGUUCAAUUUCGUGGACGACGGGACGAUACCCGGUUGUGCCGUGUUAAAAUUAAGUGACGGUAGGAAACGGUCUAUGUCUUUAUGGGUGGAAUUCAUAACGGCGUCGGGGUAUUUGUCCGCGAGGAAGAUUCGAUCCCGGUUUCAGACUUUAAUGGCCCAGGCUGUGGACAAAUGCAGCUAUCGGGAUGUGGUGAAAAUGAUUCCAGACACAACGGAGGUGAAGCUGAGGAUUAAAGAACGAUAUGUGGUGCAGAUCACACCCGCCUUCAGGUGUGGCGGUAUAUGGUGUAGAUCUGCCGCGCACUGGCCGGUCCCCCACGUCCCCUGGCCCAACCCUAACCUAGUCGCCGAAGUGAAGACCGAGGGAUUCGACUUGUUGUCCAAAGAGAGUAUUUACAUGAAGGACAAGCAGUCGGCGGCGGAGGGGGACGCGUGGGUGAUGAGUUUCAGGUACGCGGAGGACCGGCUCCUGUACGGGGGGUGCCGCAGGAAGUGUCUCAGCAUCCUGAAGGCUCUGCGGGACCGCCACCUCGACCAGCCGGGCCAGCCCAUCAUGUGCUACCACAUGAAGACUCUGCUGCUGUACGAGUGCGAGAAGCACCCCCGCGAGGUGGAGUGGGACGACACGUGCCUGGGAGACCGCAUCAACGGCAUCCUCCUCCAGCUCAUCUCGUGCCUACAGAACAGGCGCUGUCCUCACUACUUCUUACCCAACGUCGACUUGUUCAAAGGAAAAUCUACAUCGGCUAUGGACAAUGCGGCCAAACAGGUGUGGCGGAUACUUCGUGAGUUGCUCACCAACCCAAGAAGUCUCGACAAGCUUUGAUGUGUGAACUAGAGUGUCGUGUAUUAUAUAAUAAUAUAUAUACACACACACACGCGCGCGCUGGUACGGAUUGGUGGUAUUCCGGGGCCUGUGGGGAAAAAUUUAUUAAAGAUUUUUUUAAGACUCCGGGCAUUUCCCUUGUAUUAACUUAGCGGAUGUGGCCCCAUGAUUUCCCAGCGAACCUCCACCCAUCCUCGACUGUUCAAACCGCCGCUGUAUGUAGGUUUACGGUGGAUUUGUUUACAAACUUCAACAUCUGCGGAAACGGUAAGUGAGGGACGCGUUCAGUGGUGAGAAUUUAUAAAAUUACAAACUACCCGUGGACUGGGUUUUAUAGUCAGUAUCGUUGUUCCUGGCUUUAUAACGAGUGUCUGUAUUUAACUGCUAGCAGGAGAAAAAGACCACCAAAUAGUGGGAAUCGAACUGAUUUUGCGCUUGGGAAACUUCGUUAUCGUUAUAUUUUUUGUGUAUUUAUUUGCCUCGAAAAAAGCAUAUCCAAAGAUAAGUGUAUUUUUAAUUACACAAACAUAUCUACAGUGAAUAUCUUAUUUCCGCUGUUGUGACAAAAAGUGUCAUAUUUUUUGUACAAAUCAUUAAGUUUUGUGACAUUCUUGUCAAAAUAUUUGUGAACUUGGUGUCUGUAUUUAUGUGAACAUAUUAAACGCGUAAACUCGU